UGUUGGAACUGUCUUCGAAAGGCUGACGUGGCACGUGCGCAGAUGAAGUCGCAGAGAGAAAGAUGUUGCGUUUUCUUUGUUACGGUUGGCAGUAAUCACUUUCCAAGUGUCAGAUUAUACGACGAAAAAAAUCUGGAAUAAGAGAUGUCCUUCUAUGUACAUAUAUACUCUACUUUGUAUCUUGUGAGAUACGGUUGACGUAAUAACGAGACACUAAGGGGGAGAAAAGAUGAGCUGUAAGAGUAGAGGUUAUAAUUGUUUAAAAGGAAGGAUUCUGAGAACGACGCGAGAUGGCAAUACCGUACGAACGUUUGUUCGGCUGAUGGCGAGGUACAGGCACAACAAACUGACAUGAAUUCUGCGAGCAAGGUUGGUGAAAUAUUCACCGCAGCCGGAGCAGCAUUCAACAAGCUCGGAGAAUUAACUAUGCAAUUGCAUCCUACGACGGACUCACCGGCAGGUAAAUGGACUGACGAGGAAAUUGAGAUGCUCCGUCACUCGGUAAAGACCUUCAGUGAAGACUUGAACAAAAUAAGUGAACACAUCAAGGGACGAACGGUCUCACAGAUUCGGACGACACUAAAGAAAAAAGCUUUUGAGGAAGCGGGCGUACCAAUUAGGCAACAAAUACUAUCCCAACAGUCGGCACAACAGUCGACGGUUGUUCAACAGCAGCAAGUGAAACAGCAAGGGAAUUUAAUGGGAAAAUCGGCGGAGGUAACAUUGAACAUGUUAAACGCAUCGGAAUCGGAGGUAGACGUUGAAGGACUACCGGAGGAGUGUCAAGUGAAGCUCGAGUUCGAGGGUGCGACAGAAGAAGUUGCCUCUUAAUAUGCCAUGGGUGAUCUUUCCA